AUGUCUGCUGCUAAGAGGAACCCGCCCUUCAGGGCUGAACACGUCGGCUCGUUGCUCCGUCCCCAGGAGCUGGUGCAGAAGCGGUACGAUGUUGCUGCAGGCAAGGCCCCGGCAUCGGAGCUAGUCCCAUUGGAAGACAAGCUCAUUGAGCAAGUGAUCAAGCUGCAGAAGGAUGCAGGACUCCACGCUGUCUCGAGUGAGCUCAAUGGCAUGAAGGAGCUGCAACUCGGUAUUUUGAAGGGCUACGACAAGGAUAUGUUCCGGCCGUAUGCGCCUGACGUCAAAUCGUUCUUCGAGUCGAAAGAAAUUCCGAACCAAGUCACAGUAUGCACGGGCAAGAUUUCGCACCCGGGGCACUCGAGCAAUCAACGCGAGGUCGACAUCAUGAAGAAGCUAGUGCCGGAAAGCGAAUGGAAGAACAUCAAGAUCACAUUAAUUUCGCCCUCAUGGUACCAUUUCCGAUACAAAGCUGGCCGAGCCUAUCCCAAGGACGUGUACGCAAACGACGAGGAGUACUUUGAGGACGUAGCGAAGGCAUACCAGGACGAGUUGAAGUUCCUGCACGGCCAGGGAAUCAGGAACGUCCAGAUCGACGACCCGAACUUGGCAUACUUUUGCUCCGAGGCUAUGUUGGAAGGCUGGGCAGCGGACAAGGAUAAUGACAAGACGGCGGAUGAGAUGUUCGAUGCUUACGUCAAAUUCUACAACAAGGCCUUUGAGAGGCCGGACGAUAUGCACAUUGGUAUCCACUUGUGCCGUGGAAACUACGUUGGCAGCCGCCACUUUUCCGAAGGCGCCUACGACAAGAUUGCGAAGAAGCUUUUCCAAGACCUCAAUGUCGACACCUACUAUCUCGAAUAUGACACGCCUCGCGCCGGUGGCUUCGAGCCGUUGUCGCACCUCCCCAAGAACAAGAAUGCCGUUUUGGGUGUCGUGACUUCUAAGUUUCCUGAGCUCGAAAACAAGGACGAGAUGGUAGCCCGUGUGAAGCAAGCAGCCGAUUUCGUCGCAAAGGGCACCGGCCAAUCGAACGAGGACGCACUACAGCAGCUUUGUGUCAGCCCGCAGUGCGGUUUCGCAAGCCACGCUGAAGGUAAUGCAUUGGGAUAUGAAGACAUGCGGAAGAAGCUACAACUCGUGCGGAGCGUCGCGGACGCACUCUGGCCGGGACAACAGUGA